AGGCCGCCAAAUUGCUACAAAAUUCGAAAAUCGAAAUCAUUAGCACAAGAUUGUGUUUGGUGUUGGCAUUUGGUGUGUUUGAGUUCCAGUAACAAUGAUACACGUGUAGAAUUGUGUAGAUAAGCGCUUCCAUCUUAUCCAGUAAUCAGGUAUGGAUGAGAAACGAGUAGCCAUCGUGGGCGCCGGAAUCAGCGGCCUCCUCGCCUGCAAAUACGCGGCCGCGAAGGGCUUCACUCCGGUGGUCUUGGAAGAGCAAGACAAGGUUGGCGGGCUGUGGAAUCACACUCUGGAGUCCACCACCCUUCAAGUUCCUAAGCAGUUGUAUGAAUUUUCAGACUUCCCCUGGCCUUCUUCUGUCCAAGAACUGCGCCCCCACAACACCCAACUCGUCGAAUAUCUCCAAUCCUACGCCCACAAAUUCCAGCUGUUGCACUACGUCAAAUUCAAUACCAAAGUAAUCGAUGUUGAUUACGUGGGAGGGUCUAAAGAAGAGAUGAAUUGCUGGGGUGGAGAUGGCAAAGCCUUUGCAUCCAAAGGGAAAUGGAUUCUCAGAGUUUCCCACUCAGGAGAUCAUCAUGACUCCAUCAAGGAGUAUGAAGCAGAGUUCUUGGUUCUGUGCAUUGGGAAAUUCAGCGGUCUUCCAAAUAUCCCGGACUUUGCUCCGGGAUAUGGGAGCGAUGCGUUUUCUGGCAAAGUAAUGCACUCCAUGGAUCUCGCCAAAAUGGAGAAUGCUGCUGCUGCUCAACUCAUCAAGGGGAAACGUAUCGUCAUUAUAGGUUCUGGGAAAUCAGCAGUUGACAUUGCAUACGAGUGCGCCAAUCUAAAUGGAAGAGAUAAUCCUUGCACAAUGGUACAAAGAAGAAUCCAUUGGAUGAUACCCCACGACGCCCAGCCAUGGGGGCUAAGCUUCAGCUUUUUGUUCUUCACUCGCUUUGCUGAGCUCAUGCUUCACAAGCCCGGCCAGGGCUUUUUCUUCACCGCCGCCACAAUCUUGCUCACUCCCCUGCGAUGGGUUGUGAACAAGCUGGUGGAAAUCUAUCUUAAAUGGCGACUUCCCAUUAAAAAAUAUGACAUGGUUCCAACGGAGAAUUUCAUCGGACAAGCCUCGUCUUGUCAGAUACACUUCCUGCAGCCGAACUUCUACGACAGAGUAGAAGAUGGCAGCAUUCUGAUGAAAAAAUCGAAAACCUUCACCUUCUGCAAAGAGGGUCUAAUCCUCGAUGGAGAAGCUCUCCCGUUGCAUGCAGACGUGGUCAUCUUUGCAACGGGAUAUAAGGGAAAGGAGAAGCUGAAGAACAUGUUUGCUUCUCCCACUUAUCAAAACUACAUAUUUGGAUCUCCAAACUCGAUUGUGCCUCUCUACAGACAGAUGAUCCAUCCAAGAAUCCCACAGCUGGCAGUGAUAGGCUACUCGGAGUCUCUGUCGUGUUUAUUCACAUUUGAAAUGAGGUGCAAAUGGCUGUCGCAUUUUCUGGAUGGGGAGUUCGGGUUGCCGAAUAUAAGAGAUAUGGAGAAGGAGAUGGAAGGAUGGGAGAAAUACAUGAAGAGGUAUGCAGGCAAGGGAAGGUCUUGCAUUGGUGGGGUGCCUAUUUGGUACAAUGAUCAAUUAUGUAGAGACAUUGGGUCUACUCCCAAAAGAAAGAAUGGCUUCGUUUCAGAGCUGUUUCAGCCUUAUGGCCCAGCUGACUACCACCACCUAGAAGGAGCGAAAGGUUUCGCGAAGUUGGAUAAGUUUGCUGGCCAGGACUUUAGACGCUGGCAAAAGAAGAUGCAUUUCAUGCUGACAAAUCUCAAGGUGGUGUACGUUCUGAGUACUCCCAUGCCCGAGGCUGUUGAAAAUGAAACUCUGGAACAGACGAGGAGGCGGAUGAAGUGGGAGAACGAUGACUACAUUUGUCGGGGUCACAUUUUAAACGCCAAAUAUAUGGCAGAAGAUGCUUCUAGCAAGAAAUAUACGUACGAGAUGAGGUGCAAAUGGGUGGCGCAGCUUCUUGAUGAGGCGGUGGAGUUGCCGAGCAUCAAGGAGAUGGAGAAGGACAUCGAGACGUGGGAGAGGUACAUGAAGACGUACUCUGGUAACGGGAAAUACAGAAGCAGUUGUGUUGCUGGAUUGCACAUAUGGUAUAAUGAUCAAAUAUGUAGAGACAUUGGUAUUAAUCCUAGAAGAAAGAAGGGCUUUUUUGCAGAUAUGUUUCAGCCUUAUGGUCCACGGGAUUACAGUUGA